AUGGAAGAUGACAAAUUUCCGGAGCAAGAAAUGGAAGAUGAUCAAGACAAGGAAGAUAGUAAUUUUCACAAGAUAGAUAUCGUGGGAAGAGGAACAGCAUUACACGUGGCAGUAAGCAUCAGACGCAAAGAAGUAGUGGAAAGUCUUGUAGAAGCAAUCGAAAAGCUUGGGGAUGAAAGUAGUUUGAAAAUAAGAAAUGAAAUAGGUGCUACUCCUCUUCAUGUUGCAGCAUAUGCAGGAUUCCUAGAUGUGUGUAAACUUAUAAUUAGAAAAGAAGAUCAAAGGAAAUAUUUGAUUCAAGUGAAAAAUUUUGACGGGAAACACCACUUUUUUGGGUUGUGA